AUGGCUCCGAUUUCCCUCGAUGGCCUUAUUGACUCGUACAUUGCUCUUCAGCGAGGAUUUACUCUUCCGCCGGCAAACACCCAAUCUGCGAAACAAGCGCGGAGCGCCUUCUUCUGUUCGCUAUGUCAAAAAGGUUACAGUCGCAUGAACGAGUUCGAAGCCCAUGAAUCUUCCUACGAUCACCAACACAAGAAGAGACUAAAGGAAAUGAAAGAGAUGCAGAGACAGGUGCAACCCAAAAAGGAAGAGAAGGGGCCGUUGAUGCAGAUAAAACUGGGCGGUGCCAACAAAACCACCGCCACAGGAGGCGGGGGAUUCAAGAAAGGAGGAUUUAAAAAUGCGUUUGCUCCCGCGGAUGAUGAUAAACCAGUAAAGGCGGAGAAGAAGGAUAUUGACGACGAUGAGGCUCCAAAGCCCGCUGAAGCAGACGCGGACAGCGACGUUACGGAUGUUGAAGAUUACUACGAUCCCCGGAGACCAACGGGUUGCAUGCCCCAAUGUCGCAGUCAUAUCGCCGCAGGAUCUUGA